GGCAGGUGAGAGAGCGGCCCGGUGAGCAGGUGGGAGAUGCCACUCUUCGGGAAUACGUUCAGUCCCAAAAAGACACCACCUCGGAAGUCCGCCUCUCUCUCCAAUCUGCACUCGCUGGACAGAUCCACCCGGGAAGUAGAGCUGGGCCUCGACUAUGGCACUCCCACCAUGAACCUGGCUGGCCAGAGCCUGAAGUUUGAAAAUGGCCAGUGGAUAGCAGAGAUCGAGGGCAGCGGAGGCGGGGACCGCAGAGAGGCCCAGCGCCUCCGCAAGCGGAACCAGCAGCUGGAGGAAGAGAACAAUCUCCUGAGACUCAAAGUGGACAUCUUGCUGGACAUGCUCUCCGAGACGACGGCCGAGUCCCACCUCAUGGAGAAGGAGCUGGAUGAAUUGAAGAGUCAUGUCCGGAGGAGGAAGUGAAGGCCGGAGAGAGACUGGCAGGGGAGAGGAGAGAAACCUCCCCUUUCCGAGACAGAAGGACUCGAUAAAACUGUUCGGCCAGGGCGGCGGAUUGGAGUCAGGGAGGGAGAAGUAGGUAGAGCACGGGCCUAGGAGAUGGACUUGUAAAAUACGGAAGGAAUCUCCGGGCGACAGAGAGUAUAUAACCCAUAGUGUGCAUAACGUCUUUCACGAAUGCAGCGGUCUGGCAGCUACUGUGAUCAACCCCAUUGUGUUCUCCACACUCGUCCCUACCCCUACUUUGGGCUUGCUGCAGGCCUGGUCUUUAGGUAACUGCCUAACUUGCUCCCGUAAGGGAGCAGAUGUGCAGGUAAACCACUUCCCACCGGCUGCUGUGAUCUCUGUAUGUCUGACUCUAGUUAAACCCCCACUUGCUCUUACCUGUCCUGGGGGGAUUUCCCCUGGAUAGCUACAAGCAAAGGAGAGGGGCAAGGAAUCGGCCCAGCCUUCUCUUCCUCGCUGCCAGCUUCCCAUGCCCCUCUCCUGCUAGUGCAGUUUCUUCUUUUUUAGUUUCCUUUUUUAUUAAACGAGAUUAUGUAACGCUU